AUGAAGGAAACUAGUCACAAGGUUUCUGAAAACUCUUCGACAGCCCAAGACCUGCGCAGUCCCCGAGUUUCCGUUAACCAAAUUGCACGAAAUCAGCGAACUACACUCAAUUGGAAACAAAUUUGGUAUGCGCAGUCCCCGGGUUUCCGCCAACCUUAUGUUCUACUUAAAAUCAAAUUGCACAAAAUAAGCGAAUAUGCACUCAUUUGCAAUCUAACUUGUUUUUUUUUCGAGAGACUCACCUGGAACCCGGCUGAAUCUCUCGCUUGUGAUGUUCUGAGGCAGAGCUCAUCAGCAGUGCAUAUCCAAUGCCCGUGCCGGGAUUUGAACCCCGGACGGACAUCUGACAUGCGAGGCGCGCAGGUAACCACAACUCCACCAACGCACUCCAACUUGUUCACACAUGAGCGAUGUGAUUGGUGUGCUCGACCCAUCGAACGACGAUCCAGUAACUGUCCUGGUUGUGAAGAUCGAUUGACCUGCCAGUCACCACUUCCCAGUCAGACCCUCUUCCGUUUUGGCGCGACGAGCAACUCGGUGUCAAUGUGGACACACACGGUAUGGCUCAAUGGAUCGCUGAGGUGCGCAAACCGUCACACCACGGUAAAGUCCAGUCUCUUCGUGUGCUACUUGAACCCAAAUUGGACUGUUUUCGAGAAAUACACUCAUUUGCAAAUCAAUUUGGUUUUCACGAGAGACUCAACUGAAUCUCUUGUUUGUGAUAUUCCACAACUGAAUGUGCUACACACAGGCUGCACAAUGGUGCCCAUCUACGCGAUGUUUUUCAUCCUG